UACGACAUGUCCGAAUCAUCGAACACUAGUGGGUUAUGGGAAUGUUGGUGUGGAAAAAGGGCCAAAAUUGUGACAUCAUGGACGGUCGAUAACCCGGGAAGGAGAUAUCAGACUUGCGCCAUCGGAAAGCCGUUGGGCUGCACAUAUUGGUCAUGGCUGGACCCUCCUAUGUGUGAACGGUCUCAAAGAAUUAUCCCGGGUUUAUUAAAGAGGAUCAAUGCACUAGAGGCAAAGAAUGAUAACUUGAAGGAACAAAAUACGAAUUUGCAGGAAAGGGUGGAACACUUACAAGCAUUGAACAAUACUCUGGUGGCAAGUAAAGGCUUUGGAUUCGAGGUGCUUCUGUAA